AUGACUGUUAAAAUUUACAUCGUUUGUUUAUUGGUUAGUUCGGUUUUGUCACAAUGGCCUUACGCUCCGAAUCAUUGGUAUGGAGCAAACCAGGGAAACAUCAGAUCUGGAAUAGUUCCUGACUAUAAUCCUGUUCCGAAUGUUCAAGGCGGUACCUUGGCCCCUCAUAUCUGUGGGUUCAAUACAUUCACGAGAAAAUGUAUGGAUCCUGAAGGAUAUUGCCCUGGCAAGUGCAUGAACUUCCGAUAUACCUACAACACAUUAUACGACUGCAGGUGUCUGGCAAUUUAG